AUGGAUAUGGAGCUAGUCUCAGUGCUCAUGAAGGGUAUGGAGUCUGUCUCCGUGCUCAUGAAGGGUAUAGAGUCCAUCUCAGUGCUCAUGGAAGCUCUGGAUCUAAGGUUGGACCCAAAGGAAUUCUUCAAUGGCUCCAUAAAAGUGUUUGAGGAGUUCAUGGAUCUUUUCAAAGAUAAAGGACAGGAUGAAGUGGCUUCUAUAGCGCAGGCGGAGCUGGAUUCGUUCAAAUCCACCAUGCUCAACAUCGCCAUCACGGGGGAGACGGGCGCCGGGAAAUCGUCCUUCAUCAACGCCCUGCGGGGACUGACCGCUGAGGAUGACGGGGCUGCCCCAACUGGGGUGACAGAAACGACGACGGAGCCGACUGUUUAUCCCUAUCCGAACCACCCCAAUGUGAGGCUGUGGGACCUGCCCGGCAUUGGUGCCCCGGAUUUUCAGCCAAACACGUACCUGCGGCAAGUGAACUUCAAACGCUAUGACUUCUUCGUGAUCAUCGCUUCGGAGCGCUUCAAAUGCAACCACGCGGCCCUGGCCCGGGAGAUCGAGAAGAUGGGGAAGAGGUUCUAUUUUGUGCGCUCCAAGGUGGAUGAAGACUUGCGCAACGAAGAAAGGGAUCACCCUAGAACGUUCAGUCAGGAGAGCGUCCUGGAGCGACUCAGGAUGGACUGCAGGAAACACCUGCAAAAGGCAGGGAUGAGCAACCCAGAGAUUUUCCUUCUCUCCAGCUGUGAAUUCACCAAGUAUGAUGCUCCUGCCCUGGUCAAGGCUUUGCAGGAUGAUCUCCAAGGUCUGCAGAGACUUGCCUUUCUGCUCAGUCUGCCAAACCUGUCUGCAGAAAUCAUAGAGGAGAAGAAAGCUGCCCUGAAGAAGCUGAUAUGGCUAAUAUCUCUUGCGUCGGCUUUGGUCAAUGUCAUUCCUAUCCCGCGGCUCUCUGUUGCUUGUGAUAUUGGCAUCCUGCUAGCAUCCAUGAUUGGCUUCUACAAGUACUUUGGCCUAGAUGAUAGAUCCUUGGCUAAUCUGGCCAGGCAGGCUGGAAUACCGAUAGCGGAGCUGAAGGCCGUUAUCAUAUCUCCCAGGGCAGAAGAAAUAACCGAAGAUGUUGUAAUCAAACUGCUGCUAAAGGAGAAGGGUUUGCCUAGAUUAACUGCAAAUCUACCAGUGCUUGGUCCCAUGUUAACUGUGGGAAUCUCUUUUUUAACCACCUACCUCAUGCUGUUGAGAUUUCUCUGUGAAGUGGCUGAAGAUGCCAAAAGGGUUCGGAAGACCGCUUUGAAGGAAGACAAGAAAAAGCGUAAAUGAGCAGCAGACGUGUUCAUGAAUCAGAGACCCGAUCCCAGCUGGAGAUUGGGCCACCACACUCCCAAAUGCGAAAAAUCAAGCCGAAAAGAAGCAGCCUUUUCAUUCUUUAAUUUCCCACAGUGAGUCGGGUUUCUAGGCUUUCUGUUGGACUCGUUAGGGAAGCCAAACCGUUUGUCUAAAACAGGAAAACCAACAAAAUGCACCAAGAUCCUCAACUGAUGUAAAUCAAUGUAGCAACCAACCUUGCCAUCAGCUGCUGUCUCUUUAGUAUCCGGCCUGCACAACCGUCCAGCCAGUGCCUAUUGCAGAGUUCGUGCACCUUAAACAAUGCCUUUGAUUUGAAGAACUGAAGACGAUGGCUAAUUUGUGCGCUAGUAGCUGGGUUACAAAUGAAUAAGGGGGCUGGAACCAGGAUUUCCCAGUAAUGUCAUUGCAAGCAUUCAAAAAUCACCAUUCAGGCCCCUCAAAAUCAUACCAUUUUUAAAAAUGUUUGGCUUUUUUUCAUUUGCCUCCUGUUUUGAGAGUUUUCUGGUCACCUUGUUCUGCUGUUCUGCACAGCCACUAGAAACUAGGGCCAGAAACAACUUCUCUUGUUAAAUAAAAUCUGAGAUUCUCCUGUGA